AUUGGUAAAAUAGCUAUCCAGGCAUUGCAUUAUCUGACUAGCUUGAGCAACGUCUGAGCUUUGAAACGCGCCAUAUAUCAAUUGUAGGCUAACUGAAGCAGCGGCUAGGACCUGCCAGGCCCAUUUUUGCAGUAAUGUAGCUGCUUCCGGGCACAGGGUACCAGCUGUAAACAUGGCGGAGGAGCUGUUGGGAGCAGUGGAGAGACUUCAGUCCCGGCUCUCCGACAACUUAGAGCCUCGCAAGCUACAGAAGACCCUCAAAAGACUGGGUGAGCUGCCUAUGACUGUGGAUAUCCUUGUGGAAACUGGAGUAGGUAAAACUGUGAAUUCUUUGCGAAAACAUGAUCUCGCUGGAGAUCUUGCAAAGAGCCUUGUGGCCAAGUGGAAGAAACUGGUUCCCACACCGUCUGCUGAAAGACCUGGCAACGGCAAGGAUGUAAGGGCACACAGGCACCCCCGCGGUUCAGAGGGAAUGGACCCUCCCCGCAAACGUGUCCGGGAACCCUCUCCGGAGGAGCGUCCUCACGUAGAAGAGGAGGAGGAGGAGGAGGAGGAGGAGGACGAUGAAGUGGAGGGGAUGAUGGACGAAGAGGAGGAGGAGGAGGACGAUGAAAGAGGCUACCGAACCAAUUACUCCCCCCCUCAGCACCACUACAGCCCCCCCCAGCCAGUCCAUGGCGGUGGCCAGCGAGGGGGGUACCAGUUAGAGGACUACGAGAGCCCCGUGGAAGUGGAGCCGGAGCCAGAGCCAGUGCCCAGCCCGCCACGGAAAGAGGCCCGACAUGACAAACCACGCAAGGUGCCUGGCCGGGAACAUGGUUCCCAUGGCGAUCGAGACCGGGACGAGGAGAGGCAGCGACGCCACGCCCAGACUAGCGGCGGCAGAGGUGAGGGGAAGAAACGCAGUGCCGAGAGGGAUCCACAGCACAGCAGCAAGGCCUCCAAGCACAGUCGGCAUGCCACCCCGCAUGACAACAAGAAGGACAAGAAAGCCGGAAGCGACGGGAGGUCACGGGAUCCUAGAGACUCCCCUGUAUUAGGCCUGGCUCCUGAGGAGCAGGAGGAGGAGGCCUUCGAUACCCCCACAAUGUCCUUUGAAUCCUUCCUCACAUAUGACGCCCCGACUCCCACCAAGAAGAAGAAGAAACCCGGUAGCAGCAGUCGUCCCUCGUCCCACCAUCACACCCCUCCUCGUCCGCCAGUCCAGCCCUCGUCUGCUGCUCCUACCUCCAGCAAGGAGUCCAAACCCAGCAAGGAGUCCAAACCCAGCAAGGAGUCCAAACCCAGCAAGGAGUCCAAACCCAGCAAAACCAACGGGAGCCGCAGCAAGAGAGCCGAGCAUGCCUCUACCCCGACGGUGGCGACCCCCGUGUCUGAGAAGCGCAGGAGGGUGAUCGAUGUUGUGCCCAUGCUUCCGGAAAUCCCUUUGCCGGCCAUCCAACCUAACUAUAGACCUCUGCCAUCCAUUGAUCUCACGCCAUUGUCUCCUCAGAGGCGCAAAGGUCCUGUGUCAAAUGAUGCAGAAGAGGACGCUGGCUUCACCGGGAGACGCUUUAACUCUAAAAUGACAGUUUACUCAGGUUCAAAGACAUCCUAUCUGCCCAAGAUGAUGAGUCUGUACGAACAGUGUAUUAGGGUGCUUCAAAACAACAUUGACUCAAUUGAUGAGGUUGGAGGCGUGCCCUUUGAGAUUCUAGAACCAGUACUGGAGCGAUGCACGCCGGAACAACUGUACCGCAUUGAACAAUGCAAUCAGUGCUUCACCGAGGAGUCGGAUGAGCUGUGGCACCGCCACUGCCAGCGGGACUUCAAGCACGAGACGCCCCAAGAGUAUGAGUCGUGGCGGGAGAUGUACCUUCGGAAGCACGACGAGCGUGAGGAGCGCCUGCGCAUGCUCACCCAGAACAUCAGCUCGGCUCAUGCGAACAAGCCCAAAGGUCGACAGGUUAAAAUGGCAUUUGUCAACUCCGUCGCCAAACCCCCGCGGGACGUCCGCCGGCGACAGGAGAAGUUUGGUACCAAGAGCACCUCGACCGCCAGCUCCACUGCAGCUGCCGCUCCCAUCAAAAUAAGGCCAGCUGUGUCGUACAGCGCUCAUUCCGCUGAGUCCAUUUACUCCUCUUCUCACGGUAGUCCCCCUGAAACCUUGCGCUCCUCAGGUCCCAGCGGUGGGGGUGGCCCUAGCCCCAACCCCAGCCCAAGAGACAACAAGCCACAGGUCAAAAAAAUCGCACCUAUGAUGGCCAAAACUAUCAAAGCUUUCAAGAACAGAUUCUCCCGCAGAUAGAGAUGAAUGCGAAGAGUGAUUGAGGAAGAGAUUGUAGGAGCUAAGCUCUUUUAUUUCAGUGAAUGAUAAUAGUUUCUCAAACACACACACAACUUGAGAGAGAUGUUAACCAUUAUUUUAGCAUUUCCUACAUACACAAAUUUAUGAACUCCAUUUUUAACAGUUUUGAGAGACUAUGGCAACUCCCCCUCACAAACAGACACAAAACACACACACACACACACACACACCAAAUUAGACGUCAAAGGCAAAUCCAGUAUUUUGUUACAAGUUCAUGCUGCAUCAUACACUACAGUUGAACUCUGGCUCAGAACUAAGCUUCGUCAUGUUACACAAGUUAUUUACACAUCAAAUUGCGUUGUGCUGCUACAGUCAGCAUGUCUUUAAAUACAAUGGAGUAGACUUUUUUUAUUCCAGUGCAUCCACACCUUGUUUUCCUACUGUGUUCAGUGCUAAAUUACGUGUGCAUCCCUACUUUGAUCUCGUUCACUGUGAUGAGUGAAGAAUGAAGUGAGUGCGGGAAGAGGAAAACACAAAAAGGGAGAAAGAGGAAAAAGCAAGUGAUAGGACCCUGCAGUUUCACUCUUCUGUAUUUAUUUUCAACUCUGGGACCCCUGGCCCAAAUGGAAGUGGAUCAAAUAGUAAUUUUAAUAGAUUUUAAUAAAUGUUAUAUGGACAUUUUUAAUAAAAUUGACUUUUUGCCUGGA